AUGGGGGAAAAGCUGCUGCGACACUUGCUGAUUUUCCUUCUUAUCGUCACGAAUGAGCUCCACACGCCAGAAGCGAAUCGCUGUAAACCAUCAUCUCAUACCAGAUGCUGCAGCAAGCUUGGCCUCACCAGCAUCCCUAAGAACCUCCCAGCAUCUACCUGCGAGUUAGAUUUACAAGAUAACCAGAUAUCUCGCAUUCAGCCGGAUCUGCCCAGACUACAAACGCUGCACCUGCAAGAAAACAAGUUGACAAAGAUUACGCCUUCCGCAUUUGCAAAUCUGCCCAAACUGAAAGAUUUGAACCUUGGCCGGAACAAAAUUUCUGCCAUUCCACAUUCAGCUUACAAAUUGUUGGCAUCCCUCAGUCAAAUAGGACUUCGCCAGAACCCCUUUCAGUGUGACUGUAGAAUGGCGCCCUUCAGACUAAAGAUCACCGAAUUCUCCCUAAUGCCCAAUGUAUCACAGCUAAAUCCCAUGUAUGAAAAUGUGGCCAUCAGUGAAUCCAAAACAAACACCACAGCUGCUGUAGUAACCAGUGGACAGAGUCAGACAGGGCAGGGUCAGCCUCAGGCCAUCGCUGAAUCCAACCCAAACACCACAGCUGCUGUAGUAACCAGUGGUGAGGAUCAGACAGGGCAGGGCGACCUUCAGGCCAUCGCUGACUCAUUUGAUGAGGGGUCGUGUAGCGUAAAGGCAGGGUGUUCGGCCCAUAACCCAGAGGUCAUGGAUUCAAAUCUGCACUCGGACACUUUUGACGACGACCCUCCCUUGACUCAGGUGAAAAUGAGUACCUAUCUUCGGUUAGGUCCUUUCCUCGGUUAG